AUGAGGCAUUCAUUGCAGUUCAAGGAAAUAUCAGAAAAGUGCAAUGCAAUUGAAGUUACAAAUCGUAAGUUGAAUGACAUAUGGUAUGAUUUCCAAUCCUGUGUGAGUUUGGCAGGUUUAGAUGGUGAGAGACUUGACUACCUGGAAGGGAAGUUGAAGGAGUUGAAGCACAGUUUGCGUGAAUCUAGUUGGAAAUCUGACACACAGAACAAAAAUGAUGUAAUGGAGUUUUUUGUUGGCUCAAAAAUACCAGCGGAAGUGAUCGUUAAACCUCCCAUUGAAGGUAGAAACAAGGGGUGUGGACGGAGAAUUGUUGGUGAUUAUGAGAAAUCACUUACUCAACGAAAAAAGAAGGUGCCAAGGCUGUGUAAUAUGUGCAAAAUAAUCGAUUUCCAUGACGCACAGACAUGCCCAUUAAAGAAAACAGUACAACAAAGUGAUGUUUAA